AUCGGAUAACUUCAUGAACAAAUUUAUGAAUGGAUGGAUUUGUGGACAAAUGAGCGAACAAAUAGAUAAGCUUAUGGACGGACUAAUUGAUGAACAGACUAAUUUGUAGACAAAGGGUGGAAGGAUUUAUGGAUGUAACGAAGGAAGAUCAAGUAGAUUGCCAGGCCCAAAAACCAGGUCCAAAUCCAAACGUAGUACUCCGCGGUUCGAAACUUAGCACCGAAGCAUCAAUUUUAGUGGCUGCAACCGGCGGAGACCAAGGUGUAGACGACCGCAGCUCCGUUCUGAUUCAGCAGCACCACGAGAUCAUGGCGGCACACUCGCUUGAGUCUGAUCUGGAUCUCGCCUUCCGCCUCCAACUCGAGGAAGCUCUCACCGCCUCCGUAGCCCUAAACACCUCUGCUCCUCCUCGACCCGCGACUUCAACCGUCGAGUCUCCACUCAAGAAAGAAACCGUCAUCUCCUUUUCCGGCCUAGAGCUCUCAAAAUUUCAGCAAGAGGCCCUCGAUCACAAGAAAUCCCUCAUCGAAAUGCAAAGGAUAAAGGAAGAUCUCCAGCGCCGAAUCCACGACGAGAAGUUCGCGCGAGAUGUUGAGGAAAUGCCGGAGGAUGAAUGGGAGGAGUGGGGUGCUGAUUUCGAGAGGCCUUUCGGAGAAGGAUGUUCUAAAGACGUGGAGAGUGAGGACGAUGGCGAGUUUAGACUGUAUUUUAAGGGGAGGGUUAGUCACGAAAGGAUCAACAAUCAGGACGUUGUUUUGGCAGGAAUUGGGGUCGCAAUUUGUGAUUUUAGGGAUAAUUUGAUCUUGGAAAUCAAAAAGCCCUUGAUUGGUAAUGGUCGCAACAGGCAAACAGCAGAGAUUCAAGCUUUGAUUGAAGGGCUUAAUGCUGCCUUAUUUUUGGAACUCAAGAGGAUUCAGUUUUUCUGCGAUUUCAAACCUAUUUUCAAAUAUAUCAAUAAAAGAUGGCAACCGAGGCAGCAGAAGAUUGCAAAGUUAGUUGAGCAGGUGUCUGAUCUCCAAAGUAAAUUUAUGUAUUGUGAGCCAGUACUUGUGGCACGUAAUGAUAUAAAGUAUGCAUUUCAACUUGCAAGGGAAGCAGUACUUUCUCAGGUUAACAGAUCUAGUGAAUCUAAUCGUGGCAAGUCAAUUAAAGAGACUUGUGUUAUAUGUUUAGAAGAUACCGACAUGGAGCAGAUGUUUGCUGUUGAUGGAUGCCUGCAUCAAUACUGCUUUUCUUGUAUUAAACAGCAUGUGGAGGUGAAGUUGCUUCAUGGGAUAAUGCCUAAAUGUCCUCAUGAAGACUGUAAAUCUGAGCUUAGUGUUGAAAGCUGCACAAAAAUUUUGACACCAAAUAUGCUUGAGACAUUGAAACAGCGUAUAAAGGAAGCUUCAAUUCCUGUCACAGAAAAAGUUUAUUGCCCAUAUCCCCGGUGCUCAGCAUUGAUGUCAAGAAGUGAGAUUUCAGGAGAUCCUAAAAAUGCUUUUGUGGGUUAUGAAAGGUCAGGUGCACAGAAAUGUGUAAAAUGUCAUGGCCUUUUCUGUAUUAACUGUAAGGUCCCUUGGCACAGUGAAAUGACAUGCAAUGACUACAAAAGCUCGAAUCCUAAUCCACCAGCAGAAGAUUUGAAGCUAAAGUCUCUGGCAACAAGGAAUAUGUGGCGUCAAUGUGUGAAGUGCAAACAUAUGAUAGAAAUUUCAGAAGGUUGCUGGCACAUGACUUGCAGAUGUGGCUAUGAGUUCUGCUACAACUGUGGAUCCGAGUGGAAGGACAAAAAGGCAACUUGUUCAUGUCCAGCAUGGGAGGAGAGUCGCAUUUGGCAUGACGAUCAUGAGGACUCUGAUGUAGAAUUCCUUGAUGAUGAUGAUGAUGAUGAUGAUGAUGAUGAUGAUGAAGGUGAGUAUUAUGACUCUGAUGACUCUUAUUUUGUUUUGACAUAAUUAAGUUGCCCUUAUUGUUUGUCUUCUAUGCCCACCACCAUAUGCCCUUGAUGUUUUGUAAAGAUAGGUUUGGGCUUUGGAACAAAAUUCAUAAAUACUCUGGAUUUAAGCAAACAGAGUCUAUGCCUUUGCCAAUUUCUUUGUAAAUUCGUUUUUCCUUCUUGCACUCUGCAUGGACUGCGUCCAAUGAAGCCGGAAUUGUUUGAGGUUCUGGUCUCCAUGGCAUUUCAAAUCUUGCUU